GUUUGUAUUGGGUUUGCUAUGAGUUACGAGGUUGUGAACUGCGAAUUUCAAGCCCACAUGGGCCACGGCCAUGUCUGCGCCUGGCACUGCACUGCACUGCGCUCUGCGAUAUCAGCAGUGUGUGGGAACUGCUAGCCAGUGGGCCGGUCAGCCAUGGCCCGGAGAUACCUUACCCCCCUCUACCAAGCCAGCGAUAUUGUCUCCAUCAUUUAACAGAUGCGCCAUUGCCUUUUCAUUUGCUCUUCCACCUCGUCAUCGCCGCUUUCCCUGCUCUUCCUCUCCCCCAGCGAAACCCGUCUCCAUUAUAUUCUGUUGAGUAGAACCCCAAGCACACAAGUGGGACAUCUAUGUACACCUACGCAUACGUACACAUCUGUUAUCGGCAGUUUUGCACCAUUGCCGCGGGAGGCGGAAGGAUAUCUGUUUUUGGGCAGCGGAGCCCACGGACCUGCGACGAAUUCGUACUUAGCACCUAGCAUACUAGAC